AUGAAGGCUGCAGCUGCUGCUCUGCUUCUGGCGGCUGCCUGCUGCUGCUGCAGUAGGUUGCUGCAGGCUGCAGCAACAGAGGACGCAGCUGCUGCUGCAGCUGCUGCUCCCGACACGAGCGGGGACGCAGCAGCAGCAGCAAGAGAAGCAGCAGCAGCAGCAGCAGCAAAAGAAGCAGCGGCAGCAGCAGCAGCAGCACCAGAAGUAUCUGCAGAAUCGGCAGCAGCAACACCCGUGAACGACGCUUCCACAGAAGCAGCAGAAGCAGCAGCAGCAGCAACAGCAGCAACAGCAACAACAGCAGCAGCAGCAGACAGUGGCGCCGCUCCUCCCAAGAAGGGCGGCUGUGGAUGCAAAAAGAAAGCAGCAGCAGAAGCAGCAGCAGCAGCAACACAAGCAGCAGCAGAAGAAGGAGCAGCAGCAUCGGAGGGAGCAGCAGGGAAAUGUGGCGGCUGCUCCAAAGGCGAAGCAGCUGCAGCAACAGCAGCAACAGCAGCAGCAGCAGCAGGACCAUCGAAGGGCUGCUGCGGAGACAAUGAAGUUUCUCGCCAAGCAGCAGCAGCACCAGGUGGCGGUUGCUGCAGCAGCAAGGCAGCAGCAGCACAAGCAGCAGGAGCACCUGGCUGCUGCCAAGGCAAGAAGGCAGCAGCAGCAGCUGCUGCUGCUGCUGCUGCAGCAACUGCAGUGGAAGCAGAUGGGGGCUGCUGCGGCGGCAAAGCAGCAGCAGCAGCAGCACCAGCAGCAGCAGGGGGCGGCGGCUGCUGCAGCAGCAAAGCAGCAGCAGCAGCAUCACCAGCAGCAGCAGCAGCAGCAAAACACGAAGCAGCAGUGGGAAACAAAAGCAGCUGCUGCGGAGUUAUGCCCAUGAGCUUUCAAACUUCAACUCACACCGUUAUUCUGUUUAGGUCUUGGGAGACAACCAACGACGUGUCGUUUUGGCUGUCUUGCGUGAUAUGGUUUUUGCUGGGGGCGUUUUCGGUGGUUUUGAAGUUGCUGCGGCAGCAAGUGGACCAGUGGACCAGUGCCCCCCCAGCAGCAGCAGCAGCAGCAGCAGCAGCAGCGGGAAAGGCGGGCGCUGCUGCAGCGUGGCGGCAGCAGCUGCUGCGCUCGGGUGUAUAUACAGCUGUCUACGCCUUCGACUAUUUGCUGAUGCUCGUUGCGCAGCAGCAGCAGCAGCAGCGGCAGCGGGGCCGGGGGGGGCAGCAGCUGCUGCAGCGGCAGCUGCAGCAGCAGCAGCUGCAGCGGCAGCAAGUGCAGCAGCGGCAGCGGCUGCUGCACCUACGGCAACAGCAGCACUGGCUGCUGCUGCAGCAGCAGCAGCAGCAGCAGCAGCUUGCGCGUUUGCCUUUUGGCCAGCUGUGA